ACUAAGCUUGAUAAAAAAUGGAAAUAACAAGAGCCAAACUUCAAACCGAAAGAAUCAUUACAGCUCUGAAAAAUAAAUAAAUUCUUAAAUUUUAUUGAUUGCCAAGUGGCCAUUUUGUAAAUUCUCUUAGGUCGCAAAUCGACUAUGUUCCGCGAAGGUCUACUAGCUCACAAGUUUCUAAAUUUAAACAAUUUACCCAAAUUAACGGUCCCCUGUGUCUUAGUUCAUUUGCUAAAUAAUAAAAUUAAGCCAUACAAAACGCACGGGUCCGCCGUUUAUAACACAAAUUCAUAUAAAGAGGAGGGAAUAACCCAAAAAAUGUCCACUCCAAACUUUCUACUGAGCAAUGGGAAAAAUAUGCCAAUGGUGGGUCUUGGGACCUGGCGGAGUCCUCCGGAGGUCAUCACACAAGCCGUCAAAGAUGCCAUCGACAUUGGCUAUCGGCACUUUGAUUGCGCCCACAUAUAUGGCAAUGAGGCACAGGUGGGCGCUGCCCUCCGGGAGAAAAUGGAGGAGGGUAUUGUCACACGUGAAAGCCUCUUUAUCACGAGCAAACUGUGGAACACUUACCACAAACCGGAGCUAGUGCGUGGCGCCUGCGAGACAAGUUUGAGGAAUCUGGAAGUCAAUUACCUGGAUCUCUACCUCAUGCACUGGCCCAUGGCAUACAAGUCGGGCGAUAAUCUCUAUCCCACCUGUCCGGAUACGAAUAAGGCGGUGUUCGAGGACAUAGACUACGUGGACACAUGGCGGGCUAUGGAGGAGCUGGUGGAUGAGGGACUGGUCCAUGCAAUUGGGGUGUCCAACUUUAAUGAACAGCAAAUCAAUCGACUGCUGGGCGUGGCCAAGUUAAAGCCGGUGGUGCUCCAAAUCGAAUGCCACCCGUACCUGCGCCAGAAGUCACUGAUAACGCUGUGCUAUGACAAUGCCAUAGCUGUGACCGCCUACAGCUCUCUGGGAUCGGGUCAUACGCCGUAUGAGAAGCCCGGGGCAUAUCCCUUGCUGCAGCAUCCCACAAUAUUGGCCAUAGCGGAGAAGUACGGCAGGACGCCGGCCCAGGUCCUGCUCCGGUAUCAGACGCAGUCGGGCAUCAUCGUCAUACCGCGUUCGGUGACCAUGCAUCACAUGAGCGACAACUUCAAGCGGAUCUGGGACUUUGAAUUGGCCAUAGAUGAUACCAAGGCUAUCGAUGAUUUGGACUGCAAUGGUCGUUUUAUGACCAUGAAGGCGGCUUAUGGUCAUCCACAUCAUCCCUUCGAGCCUGGCCAGUCGCAAUAGAUUACUUUUGGUGGAAUGGAUGGAAAGAAGGAUAUGUCAAGGAAUUUAGCAGGAAUUAUUGUUUAAGAUUUAUC